ACACAUUCAAUACUACCGAUAAACGUACACGUUCAAAGUCAGUUCGAACGGAUUCACCGAGGAUGUACCGAUUUGCGAUCUUGACUUUUUUCGUCCUAAUCGCAACCGCUCGGAGUCAGACCAUAAAAGGAUCGCCGAGGGUGGUGAUCGUUGGUGCGGGUGCAUCGGGAAUCGCAGCUGCAUCGAAGCUGCUGCAGAACGGCAUCGAGGAUGUCCUUAUUCUAGAAGCGGAGGACAGAAUUGGCGGUCGAAUAAAGACUAUUAAAUUCGAUGAAUACUUGAUUGAUGAAGGAGCCCAAUGGAUUUUUGGAAACCUGGAGAACGUGGUAUACGAUUUGGCAAACCCGUUGGGGUUUACAAACACAUCAGACUUCUACAAAUUCGAGAUCUUCAACUCUCAUGGAGAACAAUUGGAUGCUCAUCUCGUGGAUAUCAUGAAAACGAUUUUAACAGCGUAUUGGGACCGGCGAUUCGACUGCCUUGGUACCAAUGAGACAUGCAUAGUAUUAAGUAUGAAAGAACGCCUGGCCAAAUAUCCGGAAUUGAACAGCACAGUGCAAGAGCAGUUACUACCGACCAUGCUUCAGAUAGUGUACGAGGCCGAAGUACUCAACCCAUGGUAUAAUAUUGCAAUGGAGGGGUACGCGAGAAUAGAAGAAAUAAAUCGAUUUAUCAACUGGAAGUUAGGUGGCUACAGCACUAUUUUAGACAUGCUGAUGAAAAAGAUUCCAGACCCGAAAGAGGAGCUACCAAUACUGAACAAAACGAUUCUGAACGCCGAAGUAAACAAAGUGGAUUAUUCGCGUGAAGAUGGUAAGGUAAAAUUGACAACGGAAGACGGUAAGGAGUAUAUCGCCGACCACGUGAUCAUGACGACAUCCCUGGGGGUGCUACAGAAUAACUUUGGAACGCUAUUCAACCCCCUACUUCCGGAAUCGAAGAUGAGAGGAAUUAAAUAUUCAGCAUACGAUAACAUUUGUAAAGUGCACUUGGCCUUCAACGACGAUUGGUAUAACAAGGAGGGUGUCAAAAACAAGCUGCUGCAACUUAGGUGGUCCCAGCAGGAAUUAGAAGAAUUAUGGAACGACCCAAAAAGAAAGUGGAUGUCUUACGCAAGGACGUUCCGCUUCGUUGAGCACAAGCCUCGUUUACUGAUGCUAUGGGUCCCCGGAGAGGCUGGUCGCCUAAUCGAAGAGCGCACGGACGAGGAGGUUCUUCAGCAGAUUACGGAGAUCCUGAAUAACUUCUUCUCGAAGACUUAUAACGUCAGCAAUCCCAUCGCAAUGACAAGAAGCAAAUGGAAUCAGAAUAAGCACUUUCGAGGCGCGUACAGCUAUAUAUAUAUAGACGGGGUGUGCGAGUCAUUGGGCGAGCCUAUCAUAAAAAAUGGGAAACCGGUGGUUUUAUUCGCUGGUGAAGCUUCAGAUUGCGACAAUAUUGCAACAGUGCACGGUGCUAUCGGCACUGGGUGGCGCGAGGCUGAUAGAUUGAUAAAUCUAUAUUCAGGAACCGCAACCGCAAAAGCGUUCAGAGCCAGUCUGAACGGAUUCACGAGGAUGUACCGAUUUGCGAUCUUGACUUUUUUCGCCCUAAUCGCAAGCAUUAGGAGUCUGGCCAUAACAGGAUCGCCGAGGGUGGUGAUCGUUGGUGCGGGUGCAUCGGGAAUCGCAGCUGCAUCGAAGCUGCUGCAGAACGGCAUCGAGGAUGUUCUUGUCCUAGAGGCAGAGGAUAGAAUUGGAGGCCGAGUAAAGACCAUUAAAUUCGAUGAAUACGUGAUCGAUGAAGGGGCCCAAUGGAUCCAUGGGGACGUGGGGAAUGUGGCGUACGACAUGGCAGCCCCGUUGAACCUUACAGACCAUUCGGACCCUUACAAGUUCGAGAUGUUCGCGUCUAAUGGAGAACGAUUGGCCACCGAUCUCGUCGAGAACAUCCUAAAGAUUUUUAUAGAGUACAUAGAGACAACAUCCGAUGCAACCAUGAAGAACUGCAACGCUUCGUUUGGCGAAUGCGUGAAAGAUAGAGUUCUAGAACGCCUCGCACAGUUCCCGGAACUGAACAACACGAUGCAGGAGCAGUUACUAUGGAGCAUGAAUCUGAUGCUGACGAGCCUCGAUCCAGCCGACGAUUGGAAUGGCGUUGCAGCUCAGGAGUACAAGGAAACAACGGAGGGAGAUCGGGGUGUUAAUUGGAAGCUACGUGGCUACAGCACUAUUUUGGACAUAAUGAUGAAAAAGAUUCCAAACCCGGAAGAGGAGCUACCAGUAAUGAACAAAACGAUUCUGAACGCUGAAGUGACCAAAGUGGAUUAUUCGAGUGAAGAUGGUAAGAUAAAAUUGACAACGCAAGACGGUAAGGGGUAUACCGCCGACCACGUGAUCAUGACACCUUCCUUGGGGGUGCUGAAGGCUGACCAUGAAACGCUAUUCAACCCUCAACUUCCGGAAACGAAGAUUAAAGCAAUUAAAACUCUAGGAUACGGAAACGCUUGUAAAGUGCACGUGGCCUUCAACGAUGAUUGGUACAACAAGGACGGUGUCAAAAACAAACUGAUGCAAUUUGUGUGGACCAAGCAAGAAUUAGAAGAACUUAAGAAGGACCCGAAAAGGAUGUGGAUGCCUUACUCAAUUGGUUUCAACGUCGUCGAGCACAAGCCUCGUUUACUCCAGCUGUGGGUUUCCGGAAAGGGCGGUCGCCUAAUCGAUGAGCGCACGGACGAGGAGGUUCUUGAACAGGUCACGUGGAUCCUAAAUAGCUUCUUCUCGAAGACUUACAACGUCAGCAAGCCAGUCGCAAUGACAAGAAGCAAAUGGCAUCAGAAUAAACAUUUCCGGGGCAUUUAUAGUUAUACGAGCGUAGAGGCGGCUAAAGCAAAUGUAGGAAAUGCGGAAUUGGCCGUGCCUAUCAUGAAAAAUGGGAAGCCGGUGGUUUUAUUCGCUGGAGAGGCUUCAAGUAACGACAAUAUAGCAACAGUGCACGGUGCUAUCGGUACUGGGUGGCGAGAGGCUGACAGAUUGAUAAAUCUGUACUCUAAAACCGUAAACACAACCGAAAAGAAGUAGCAAUGAAGCGGAAGAGAAGAAAUAAUAAUUUUAUGAUCAGAUGGUUAUUGUAAUUGAUUAUAUUUACAAAUAUACGAGCCAUCUUUGGUUUUGGCAAAAUAA